AUGCGCUUGGCGAUAUCUCGUGGUCUCUACAGUCUCCGGCUACGACGUUCAAACCACAUUAACUGGCCGAUCCCCUCCAAUGAUGAGCUUGUUGGCCAAACUGUGUUCAACACGAAUAAAGGCCUCCCAAGAAGACGGAGUCGUUAUCGAUUUGUGCAUUCCGAGAAGCAGGCCAAUCCAGUACCAAUUCCUGUAUCUACAAGCGUUGGGGAAUUGAGUCCUAUGCAGCGGUGGAGGAGGUCUCCCCCGCAAGAUGAACCAACCUCCAUCACUGCCAUACAUGACGCGCUGAAGAAUAGUACUGCUCGCCUCGACGUCAGUCGAACACCGAAUGUUGCUGAUUAUGCCCGCACUGAAUCCAAAGCCAGCUUGGGCAGUGGCGAGAGCAGUUCAUCUAUACAGUCGGCAAACUCAGUGUGGUCAGCAGCAUCAGACACGUCAAGAGGUCGACAGAACGAAACAAGUUUACUUGAUCGCACCAGGCGGGGAAGAGUGUCUAAGAAACGCGCAGCCGCCGCUUCCAAGAAAGACGAUCGCCCCUUCAAAUGCACAUUCUGCAGCGAUAGCUUCAAGACUAAGUAUGAUUGGGCUCGGCACGAGAAAUCGAGGCACCUUAACCUGGAGUCGUGGAUUUGCGCACUGCGGGGAGGUUCGGUCAUGUCUACAGUGACUGGCAGACCUCAUUGUGCGUACUGCAGCGAGGUAGACCCGUCAGAAGAAUAUCUUGAUGGUCACAACCAUAAAGCAUGCUACGACCGACCGAUGGAAGCACGAUCAUUUGGAAGGAAAGAUCAUCUUGUUCAACACCUCCGCGUUAUGCACAAACUAGACAUAAUGCCUCGAUUCGAUGGAUGGAAGGCUGAAGCUGUGCGGAUCUCUUCUCGAUGCGGGUUCUGUGACGUGGAGUUCAUGACUUGGAACAAACGCGUUGACCAUCUCGCCAACCACUUUCGCCAUGGUGCAAUGAUAAAAGACUGGAAGGGAGAACACGGAUUCAGUCCAACAAUUGCGCAGCAGGUCGUGCAUGCCCUGCCUCCCUACCUCAUAGGUUCAGAGUCGCUGAGUGUUGUCCCAUUUUCAGUCACGAAUCAGAGCACCAGAGACCAUUUUGCUCAGAGAUCGUCUCGUACACUUGAGUCACAACAAGAAAAUGGAAAGAAGACCGCUGCAAUAGAUACUGCGACGUCUUUACUGUCAGAAUCAAUCCUCAGAUCCAGGGCAGCAACGUCAAAAGCUUUCACAGAGAUCCUGGAGCAACAUUUGAGGCAUUUUGUAAAGGAGCGCCUCUCUCAAGGGUUCGACAUCACAGACGAAAUGCUUAGACAAGAGUCGAGGCGUGUGAUUUACGACUGCGACGACGAAUGGAAUCAGACUGUUGCAGAUAAUCCCGAAUGGCUAGAAAAAUUCCGUCAGCGCCAUGGUAUUGGCUGCGGUGGUGGUGGUGACACUGCCGCCGAGGAAACUCUUGGAUCAUCAAAAAGCACUUGA